GAGGCAAAAUUUAGGAAAUGACCUGAUGGGAGGUUUUCACGAUUCACGACCCAGAAAAAGUUGACAUGCUCAGUGUAGUGACCAACAUAACAAGAUAGGUUAUACAUGCCAUGUUGUGUCGAGAUGGCUUUCGGCAGGGUCGUGAGUAAGAACAUCCCUUUCAUCCGGCAGCAAUUUCUAGCCUUGCUCGGGAACACAAGCGCCUCGGUGAAGGUGAUCUGCGUGGUGGUGUUCGCGGGGUACCUGCUGUCCUUCUCCCCCGAGGCAGUGCGCCUUCUGAGCGUCACCCCGGGGUACGUGCUGCCCCCUUCCUUCUGGAUAUGGACGGCCUUUACGUACUCCUUCCUGGAGAUACACUUCUGGGAGGUGCUGGUUGACGUGGUCACCGUAGGGCUAUUGGGUAAGCUGAUAGAGCCGCUGUGGGGGGGACUGGAGAUGCUGAUAUUCUUCACUGUCCUGAACUUUGGCGUGGCGGCGCUAAGCGCCCUGUUCUACUUGCUGCUGUACACCUGCACCUUCAACACGGACCUUCUGUUCGCCGUGCACAUCCACGGCCUGGCGGGCUACAUCGCCGGCGUGUCCGUCGCCGUGAGGCAGAUCAUGCCCGACCACCUGAUCGUCAAGACCUCGCUGGGCAAGCUCACGAACCGCAACGUGCCCCUGGCGGUGUUCACGCUGUCGCUGGUGCUGUGGCUAGUCGGCCUGCUGGAGGGCACUUACCCCACCAUGUUCCUGUCGGGCCUGAUUGUCAGCUGGGUGUACCUGCGCUUCUACCAGCGGCACAGCAACGGCACGCGCGGCGACCUGGCCGACAGUUUCGCGUUCGCGAGCUUCUUCCCGACAGUGCUGCAGCCGCCCGUGGCCGUGCUGGGUAACACGCUGCACGGCUGCCUGGUGAGGCUCGGCGUAUGUCGCAAGAUCGUGCGCAAGUUCGACAUGGCAGCCCCAUCUGGCAUCACCAUAAACCUGCCAGGCAUUGACCCCCACGACAUGGAGCGCCGGAGGCAGAUAGCGCUGCGCGCACUGAGCGAGCGGCUGAGCAAGGUGGAGCCAGUGCCGGGCCCCCCGCCGCCGGCCGCUGCCCCCGCGCCCUCUGUCACCAUCGCCAUGCCCACAGAGGAGCCCCCCGUCGCACCCCCACCGGUCCCCGCCGACCAGCCGGCCCCCGGCCCGGAGCUCGCCAAGACCUGAGUCGUGCAUCCCAGCGUGUUCCCCUCUGUCAACAGCGGGCGCUUCGGACAAGCCCCUCUCUCCGAGUGAAGUGUGUGCGCUGUUGGCGUGGUUGGCAGUCCUUCAAGCACUUCUCUUCUCUCAAGAGACACAUACCCUCCCAUCUCGUAGGCCGGUUUGCAGUCAGUAGGGUUGUGUGAAUAUUCAGUGCAUUGUGGUGUAGAUAUCGAUCAUUUCAGAUUUUGAUAAGAAUUUAUGAUUGUGAAAGUGAAAAUGAGACAACCUCUGUUAUAAAUGAACUUGAAAAUACAUGACAAUCUCAACUGUUAGAUGAUUAUCUUUGGAAUUACGGUACCAUAUAUUGUAAAUAUAAUACAACUCAAUAUUUAAAAUGACUUAGAAAUAAGUAAGAAAAUUUCUGUGGCCAAGCUCUUUCAAAAAAAAAAUUUUUGUUUAAUUUAGUCUUGGUAAGUUUAAUAAUUUUAAAGUUAAGAAUGUGAAAAAAAAUGCUUCUUAAAUAAAAUGCUAAAAUAUUAGUAAUCUUUAAAUAAAAAUUCUAAAGUUUAUAAUGUGA